AUGAGGAUAAUUCUAGGUGCUCCUCGCUGGACAAGGCUUGAAAACCUUAGAAUUGAGACUAAUCUUUGUUCCCUCAGACUCCGAACACUUCAAAUCACCUCAUCCUACAUGGCCAAAAGUCUCUCCUCCACCAAGCCUCUCCCCUUCAAACAAAGGAUCCAAACCUUAUUAACCAGACCGAUUGACACAAUUCUCAGUACAGGGUGGCAUUUUCAAGUGGUCUUAGCAAUUAAGGCGUCUGGUAUAAGCCAUCAACUAGUACACAGGACUCCAACACAAAGACAUCCACUUUUCAAAGCAGAGCCUCCAUGGAAUCCAUUAAUCCUGCGAACAAAUAUACUGAGACUUCCUAAGAAGAAAGUUAACUGCAGCCAGGAAAUAUUAAACAAGAUUGCAAUCCAAGUUAACAGUAAAGCAGCGAAAGACCAAUUAGCUAUUUUUACAGAUGGUUCUGUUAAUCAGAUAUCAGGUCACUCUGGAGCAUCAAUUCACUGCACUUUUCAAACAUCUAGUUGGAGACUUUCGGAUUAUUGUUCAACUCUCCAGACUGAACUAUUUGCAAUAGACAAAGCUCUCACCCUAGCAAUCUCCACCAAUCACAAAGAGAUAAAUAUUUAUACGGACUCUCUCUCAGCAAUUCAAGCCCUCUACAAGUCUCCUGAUGAAAAUAUAAUGCUCAUGACCACUCUCCUCUAUAAGAUCCAAGUUCUUCAUAAGAAAGGAUCACAAGUAAUUUUAAAUUGGAUACCUAGUCACAUUGGAAUAAUAGGGAAUGAAAUUGCAGACAGAGCGGCCUCGGAAGCGACACUAUUCCAAUAUAUCAACUUUCACAUCCCACCCAGCUCCAGCCAAAUUAAGAAGACAAUAAGACAAAAUUUUCAGCGAGAAAUCAUCAAUCAACAUUUAGCAUGCGUCAAUAAAGGGUCUUAUUCUGCAUCAUGGUAUAAGACAGUGACUAACUAUCAACGCGUGAACAUCACCAACACCAUGCCUCGUGAACAAGUUGUCAUAAUUCACCGCCUUCGUUUAGGAUACAAAUGUAACUGGGAGAUUGCAGAGAGAGUUCUCAGAGAAUGCACCUACUGUCAACAAGAGACCACCGAACCUCUAUUACACUACCUUCUAAGCUGCAAAAUAAUUGAACACAUUCGACCAGCUGAGUUCCAACUUACACAACUAGAUGACAUCGCCCUUGCAACCUCAUCAGCACAAGAGUUCGCCAAAAGACUCUUAGAGAAUACACCUCAAGACUUAUUCAUCUUUCCACCACCAAGAUGA